CUUGCCAUGGCUUUCUUUCCCCAGCACCACCUCCAGCAGCCGCCACCGCCCAAUACCUACAGGAGUUUUGUACCCGCCGAUGGCCAGACGACCGCUCCGAUCGCCUUCUUCAGCACCACGAGUUUCCCCGACCAAUCCCACCCUUCUUUCGUUCAUGUCAUGGGGCUCGCCCCGGGUUCCGUUCCAGCGGCUGACGGGGGAUCGAAUGGGUGGGAGCCGAGGAGUAAGAAGCUCAAGGAGCAGGACUUUCUGGAGAACUCGCAGAUCUCGUCCAUCGAUUUCCUGCAGACGGGGUCGGUCUCGACCGGCUUGGGGUUGUCGUUGGAUGAUCGGAGGGUGGCGGCAUCUUCUGGGGAUUCGCCGCUGCCCCUUCUUCCUAUGAUUGAUGAGGACAUUGAUCGAGAGGUUCAGAGGAUGGAUGCCGAGAUGGACCGCUUCAUCAAGAUUGAGGUUGAGCGUCUGAGGCAAUCAAUACUGGAGAAGAUGCAGGCGAAGCAAUUUCAGACAUUGGCUACUGUCGAGGACAACAUCCUGAGAAAAAUACGAGAAAAAGAAUCAGAGGUUGAGGAGAUCAAUAAGAGGAACAUGGAGCUUGAGGAUCAGAUGAAACAGUUAGCCAUGGAAGUUGGUACGUGGCAGCAUCGUGCCAAGUACAAUGAAAAUAUGAUCGCUCACCUCAAGUAUAGUCUCGAUCAGGUGUAUGCCCAGAGCAGGGAUAACAAAGAAGGGUGUGGUGAUAGUGAGGUAGAUGACACAGCCUCUUACUGCAAUGGUGGAGUCAUCAAUUUACAGCUUAUGUGCAAGGAGAACAAGGAAAUGAAGGAUUCAAUGGUUUGUAAGAUAUGCAAACUCAACGAGGCAUGUAUGCUUUUGCUGCCCUGCCGGCAUCUUUGCCUCUGCAAAGAGUGUGAGAGCAAGCUGAGUUUCUGUCCGCUGUGUCAGUCCUCAAAGUUUAUCGGCAUGGAGAUCUAUAUGUAAUGGAAUAUUGUUGUGAUGAAAAUCCAGUUCCUCCAUCAGGUUUAUACUUAAUCAUUGACAGAGAGACUUUAAUCAUAGGGCUUCUAGUGAAUAUGUCAUACAUUUGCCAUUUCUUGGACUCUCUAUAUCAUACCGUAAUGUGCUUCAUGUGUGCCCUUGAAAUUGAACUCUCUCCUAAAAUUUGCUGUUUCAUUUUGAUUUCCGCAGACAAUUCGUAUGUUAUGAAUAGUCGAUUCAC